UUUCACCCUUCAUUUCAAUGGCGGUUGGUGGUGGGGGCUCGCGGAGAAUCGGUCAGUAAAAAAUAAAAUUAAUUCUGCGGCGAUGGGCGACCGGGAUCAUCAUCAGGAGGAGAAGGAGGAUUACGGUUACGGUCUGUUCCCAGAGCAUCAGAGCGAGAAGGCCAGGAAAGGCCUGUUGGCGGAAAGUCUCUUCACCUUCAACCACAAAUGUCGGGUGAUGCUGCAGGUGGCUCUGGACACGAGUCCAUAUGCAAAGCUUCUAAUAGAUGCCAUGAAAAGUUCAGGAUGUGCUGUUUAUAGAGAUCGUCAUUUUUCCUGUGAAGAUUGCGAUGGAACAGUCAGUGGUGGUUUUGAUGCUGAAAUAUCACAGAUUGUUUUAUGCCAGAAUAACAUCCAUCAGCAGCAGCACAUGAAUCGGGUUGUGACCCAUGAAUUAAUACACACAUUUGAUCACUGCCGCGCACACGUCGAUUGGUUCCAUAAUAUCAAACAUCUGGCUUGUUCAGAGAUCCGAGCUGCUAAUCUCAGUGGUGAAUGUACCUUUGGGAAUGAAUUGCUUCGAUUUAACUUUGGUCUAAAGGAACACCAUCAAAAGUGUGUGCGAGAACGAGCCCUCCGCUCCAUCCUAGCUGUUCGCAAAGUCAGUAAAGAAGCUGCAAAAAAAGCUGUUGAUGAAGUUUUUGAUACGUGUUUUAAUGACCUUGAACCUUUUGGAAGAAUUCCACAUAAUAAAAAAGAUGCAAAAUAUGCCUAUAAGGAUUUUCAAAACCGGAAUCGAUAUUAUGCAAAUCUUUGAGAAAAUGUUAAACCUUGAGUAAUUAUGAUGAUUAUUUUCAAAUUUUUUAAUGUGGCAUAGAUGCUAAAGAAAACAAUUAUUGGUGUGUUUUACAAAUGAGAGAUUUUCCAUGAAUAACUUUUUUCAGUCAACCAGUUAACAGAAAAGUGUAAAUCCUUUUUACUGUUUGUUUUGACUUUGUCAGAUUUUUGUCAAUGUGUUAGUUUUAUUAAUGUUGCUCCAUGUUGCAGUGUUCAUGACCAUUUUGCAUAUAGUUAUUAUAAUUACCAUUUAAAGUAAUCUAAAUUAUACUAGAUAAAUUAAUGUAAUUUAAUUGGAAGUGACUACAGAGGACUUGUCGUUUAAAGUGCCGAUCCAACAAAGGGAAAAUUUUAUAUUCAUGUUAGUGAAAAACUUAAAUCGUCAUUAUGUUGCCCUUUUCCAAAGUCAAACCAUAAUGUUUAGACAGCUCAAGGAAUAAAAAGAUGUGAUAUUGAGCUAGAUACAUGGAAAGUCCUUGUGAUAUUAUCCUGGGCUGGCUGCAUUAUCUAGAUAGAUUUGAAGGUGCAGUGCGCUUGCAAUGAGCCCAGAUUUGCUUAGGGGUUUUAGUCCAACUUGCUUCUAUACUUCGGUGUGUGCUGAGGAGAAAAAGAAAUCUUCCUUGGAUUUGAUACUGUGCAAAGUGAAAGUGCCAGACAAUAGUGUGUCCAAGAAUGACUGCUCCUCAAGAUAUUAGCGGAUUGUUAGUAAAACAUGAAGAAUGCACCAAGAUAACAGCUACCUUUUUCUGGAGAGCGGACUAAACCAAGAAAGAACAAUCCAAAACCAGUGGAACAACUUGCAUUCAUUUAUAUUUUUUGUUUAAAAAGCAAAUAAAUAUUUAUAGGCCUUUUGGAUAUGUACAGCUGCUUUCCCUAGUGGUGAUAGUUAUUUGCCAGCUUGAAUUUAUUUUGUCUAUAUCUUAAGUUAGCAGAAUGUCAAAAGUUAUGUAAUGCAGGGCCAGAAAACAGUAAAUAAUUUAACUAUGCACAUGGCAGAACAAUGCAAAAUAUGUAUCUGUGUAUGUGAACAAGCAGGUUACCAAGUACUGCUGUAUGAGACAUUGCAAGUAUGGGUAAUGUUACUUGUAACUGAGCAAAUGUACAAUUCUAAGAAAUUCAACAAUAUUAAAAUGAAUUUUCCAAUCA